AUGGUUAUGGCACCUUCUGCUAUUGCCAUUGACCACCAAGAAACCACUGUCUUGAAUGACAAUAAAGUCGAUUAUCUCGACAACAAUCAUGGCGUCGAAUCCGAUGUGACUGGCUUUGCCUCCAAGGCCUUAAUCAAAAAGGUUCUCCACGAACACAUUGCUCGUGUCAAUGUUGAUACUUGUGAGCCCGGCGAGGAAGAUGCAUUCUAUGUGGCCGAUCUAGGCGAGGUCUACCGCCAGCACCUGCGCUGGAAAAUCAAUCUGGCUCGUGUCAAGCCGUUCUAUGCGGUCAAAUGCAACCCAGACACAGAAGUGCUUCGUUUGCUGGCAAAAUUGGGCACCGGCUUCGAUUGUGCGUCUAGGGCUGAGAUUGACAUGGUGCUUGGUCUUGGCGUAGCACCUAGCCGCAUCAUCUAUGCUCAACCUUGCAAAACAAAAUCAUACCUCCGGCAUGCUCGAAAGGUCGGGGUCACGCUGAUGACCUUUGACAAUUCCGACGAACUGCGGAAGAUCAAGGACUGCUAUCCUGAAGCCGAAUUAGUCCUCCGAAUUUUGACGGAUGAUUCGACCAGCUUGUGCCGCCUCAGCGCCAAAUAUGGUGCAAGCUUGCACGAUGCGAAGGACUUGCUUAGGUUGGCGAAGGACCUCGAGUUGAACAUCGUUGGCGUCAGCUUCCAUGUCGGGUCUGGAGCUAGUGAUCCGAAUUCCUUUGGGAAGGCGGUCAUGGACGCCCGGUUCGUCUUCGACCAGGCAGCCGAGCUCGGCUACGAUCUCAAAUUACUUGAUGUCGGUGGCGGCUUCGUCGACGAGACCUUCGAGAUGUUUGCUGGGAAUCUGCAUGAAGCUCUCGAGGAACAUUUUCCGUCUCACGUACGUGUUAUCGGAGAGCCAGGCCGAUACUACACUUCCAAUGCGUUCACACUGGCUACCAACGUCAUUGCCAGGCGUGAAGUCGCGGGUGACAAUGAAGGCGAAAACGCAUACAUGCUCUAUUUGAACGAUGGUGUUUACGGCAACUUCUCCAACAUCAUCUUCGACCAUCAACAUCCGAUUCCUCAAAUCCUCUCCGCUGCAGCGGCUGCCGAUGAAAUGGUUGAGUACUCCAUUUGGGGGCCCACCUGUGAUGGAAUCGACGUCAUCACCGACCAGAUCUACUUACCGGGAGUCAUCAACAUCGGGGACUGGCUGUUCUUCGAGAACAUGGGUGCCUAUACCAAAUGCUCAGCUACCAAGUUCAAUGGGUACAACGACGAUCACGAAGUGGUCUACAUUUCCAGUGAGCCUGGGGCCUCCGCACUGCUUGGAUAUUGA